UCACAGACUCAGUUGGUUCAACAGCCUUUCAGACCAAGAUGGAUCCACAUGUGUCGAAAAGUGAACUCAGGAACCAGGGUCAGACUGCUGCUCUCAGCUUCAGGAAACAUCUGGCUGAUUGUCUGGAGGACGCAGACUAUGAAAAGCUGUUGGAGACAGCAAAGAACGGCCUCCCACGCUCGCCGUCCUGCCUCCUGCCACGUCACGUUGUGAUUGUUGGAGCUGGCAUGGCUGGACUGACGGCAGCAAAGCUGCUGCAGGACGCAGGACACAAGGUGACCAUAUUAGAAGCUAGUGGUCGUGUGGGAGGACGAGUGGAGACGUACAGGAAUGAAAACGACGGCUGGUACGUUGACUUAGGACCAAUGAGGAUCCCAUCUACUCAUAGAAUCAUCCGCUGGUACAUGGAAUAUUUCGGACUCAAGCUAAAUGAAUUCAUCAUGAGUCAACCCAGAACCUUCUACCUGGUCAAUGGGAUAAAGAAACGGAUGUCUGAAGUGAUUGCACACCCUGACAAACUGGGGUAUAAGCUUGAGGGUAACGAGAAAGGGAAGUCGGCCGACCAGCUGCUACAAAAAGCUUUGAAAAAGGUGAAACACUAUAUUGCGAAACAUGGCUGUUCUAAAUAUCUUAAGAAGUACGACCACUACUCUGUGAAGGAAUAUCUGAAAACGAAAGGUGGUUUGAGCGCAGAAGCCGUGAGGAUGCUCGGAGACUUGCUCAACGAAGACAGCCUCAUGCACAUGGCUCUGACUGAGAUGAUGUACCUCAGCAGCGACGUCAACGACAACACCAAGUACGAUGAAAUAACAGGUGGUUUCGAUCUUCUCCCCAAUGCUAUACACGAAACACUGGAGGUCCCUGCUCUCCUGAACUCCAAUGUGAAGCGCAUCAGUCGAUCAGAUACAGGUGUCGUCAUAUCGUACAAGAAAGACGAAGAAUCCUAUUUGACAAACCUUAAGGCUGACUUCGUCCUGGUAACCACCACAGCCAAAGCAGCCAUGUUCAUUGACUUUGAGCCACCUCUCCCCAUUAAAAAGAUGGAGGCCCUGAGGGCGGUCCACUAUGGCAGCGCCACAAAAAUCAUCCUUACCUUCUGUGAGAAGUUCUGGGAGAGAGACGGCAUCGAAGGAGGUAAGAGCGUCACCGACAGGCCCUCUCGUUUUAUCUACUAUCCCAACCACAGUUUCACAAAUGAAAACAUCGGCGUCCUCCUGGCCUCCUACACCUGGGCUGACGAAUCGCUUUUCUUCCUGGGAGCGACUGACGAAGACCUGAAAGAGCUGGUUCUGGGAGAUUUAGCUGCGAUCCACGGCGAGUACGUCCGGUGUCUCUGCACAGGGGUGGUGGUGAAGAAGUGGAGCUUGGAUCCCUACAGCCUGGGCGCCUUCGCUCUCUUCACACCCUACCAACACCUGGAGUACGCUAAGGAGCUCUUUAAAAGUGAAGGCAGGCUUCACUUUGCUGGUGAACACACCGGCUUCCCUCACGCCUGGAUCGACACAGCUAUGAAAACUGCAAUCAGAGCUGCGACCAACAUCAACAAGGCGCUGCUCCAUGUCUCCACCUAAACAAGAGACAAUCUCUGAGCCGUAACAUCUGAAUAAAUCACUAUCAUUGUACUCCAGGGUUUUAGGGAAAUCUUUGUAAUUUGUAAUCACUUAAUUUUUACAUUAAGAUUGAAAUAAGUGCCUUGUUCUGUAUUCAAUGCUUUUUAUUAAUUUUGGACACAAUUGAUGUUGUCUAAGGUUUUAUUCUGGUACACGGGGCUACAUACAUGGAAAAGUUUUACCUGUU